CAUACAUUCAUAUGGUCAUAAUUUAGAGCGCUCAGAGUCGUAUCCAAAACAAAAAUCGGGAAAUGACGAUUGUAGCAAUUUUCGUAACGGCGACGAAGGUCGCCGGAAUAUUGGUUACAGUCACCGUCGCCGCCAACGCAUUCUCUUUCUCGAUCUUCAGGAAGAAGAAUCUCCGCCGGUUUCAGUCGCCUAUCGACGAGUCCUCUGACACACUCGCCGUCUUCAAUAUCAACGUCGAACAAGAUGAGGAAAAAGAGUUUUUCUUUGGGUUGGCAACAGCACCAGCACAUGUGGAAGACAGCUUGAAUGAUGCUUGGCUUCAGUUUGCGGAAGAAAACCCUUGUGACCGACCAGAGAACCAGCAACCAGCAGACGCUGUAAUUGGUUCAGCUAGUGGAGAUGGAGGGUCCCAGCAAGCUUCAUCAGCUGGAAAAUAUACUCAGAAAAAAACAAAGAUGAAGCCUCUCAAGAUAUCUAUGGAAGCCAUGAUUAGAGGAUUCAAAAAGUAUAUAGAAGAAGGAGAAGAAGAAUCUGUUCCAAAUGAAGAAUGUCAUCAUAAAGUAGCUGCAUGGCACAAUGUUCCACACCCGGAGGAAAGGCUAAGGUUUUGGUCUGAUCCAGAUACAGAACUAAAACUAGCGAAGGAUACUGGCAUUAGUGUGUUUCGGAUGGGAAUAGAUUGGUCUCGGAUUAUGCCAAAGGAGCCAGUCAAUAAUCUCAAAGAAUCUAUUAAUUACGCAGCAUUGGAACGCUAUAAGUGGAUUAUACAUAGGAUUCGCUCUUAUGGAAUGAAGGUGAUGCUGACUCUUUUUCAUCACUCAUUACCACCAUGGGCUGGGAAGUAUGGCGGGUGGAAGUUGGAGAAAACGGUUGAUUAUUUCAUGGAUUUUACCAGGCUUGUUGUUGAUGCUUUUUCAGAUAUGGUAGAUUAUUGGGUAACGUUUAAUGAACCUCAUGUCUUCUGUAUGCUUACGUACUGCGCUGGUGCUUGGCCUGGUGGUCAUCCUGACAUGCUGGAGGUUGCGACUUCUGCUUUACCAACUGGUGUUUUCCAACAGGCCAUGCAUUGGAUGGCCAUUGCACACUCAAAAGCUUAUGAUUAUAUUCAUGCACAAAGUAUCUCAACAAAACCAAAAAUUGGAGCAGCACACCACGUCUCAUUUAUGCGGCCAUAUGGUCUCUUCGACAUUGCUGCAGUUUCACUAGCUAAUUCCCUGACUCUCUUUCCCUAUAUGGAUAGCAUUGCGGAUAAGCUGGAUUUUAUAGGCAUAAACUACUAUGGGCAGGAAGUGGUGGCCGGUUCUGGACUGAAGCUAGUGGAGACAGAUGAAUAUAGCGAAUCUGGACGUGGGGUCUAUCCUGAUGGCUUGUAUCGCAUGCUGCUACAGUUCCAUGAAAGAUACAAACAUUUGAAUUUACCGUUCAUCAUUACAGAGAAUGGAGUAUCUGAUGAGACAGAUUUAAUCCGUCAGCCAUAUCUGCUUGAGCAUUUGCUAGCUGUUAAUGCAGCCAUGAUCAUGGGUGUCCCUGUGCUUGGUUACCUGUUUUGGACUAUUUCUGAUAACUGGGAGUGGGCAGAUGGAUAUGGUCCCAAGUUUGGACUUGUAGCUGUUGAUCGGGCCAAUGGUCUUGCUCGGAUACCACGUCCUUCAUACCAUCUAUUUACUAAAGUGGUCACCACAGGUAAAAUUACACGUGAUGAUCGAGCACGUGCAUGGAACAAACUCCAUGGAGCUGCUAAAGAGAAGAAAACUCGUCCAUUUUAUCGGGCAGUUAAUAAACAUGGUUUGAUGUAUGCAGGUGGCCUUGAUGAACCUAUACAGAGACCUUAUAUUGAACGGGAUUGGCGGUUUGGACACUAUGAGAUGGAAGGUCUUCAGGAUCCAUUAAGUCGUUUAUCGAGAUUCAUUCUUCAACCUUUUUUCUCUCUAAAGAGGAAAAAGAAACUUAAAAAGGAUGAUCCUCCGUUGGUUCUUCAACCUCUUGAGUUUAGCGUCGAAUGACAUACUGGUGGAUGUGUGGAUGCUUCCUCUUACAUUACCACCAAAGUUCAGUCUCUGGAACUCAUAUAUAUAAGGUCUCUAGAACUCAUAUAUAUAAGGUACAUCAACUCCAAUCUGUAACGUAAUCUAACAACAACCGAGUUUGCAUAAAUUCUACGGACUUUAUCUGUUAAAAGAACUAAUCAGUAGCAGACGCAUAAUCUCUCUCGAUUAUUUCUGCUGAUUGGAUAAGAAUAUUGUGCUUCAGGUCAUUCGUAGUGGAUGAAAUAAUUCAAAUCAGUCUUUAACUCUGUCUGAAUAUAAUAUAAUAUCUUGGAAGCUUAAGUGCGGGUUGAAGGGAGGCCAGUAUAGUAUGAAAAAGUUGACUCUUCUCAACAAGCCUAGCCUUCCUGAAUUCACUAUUUCCAGAUUGGUGAAAGUCUCCCUUGAAGAUGAUUUUCCCAGAAAUCCCACAAAGUGAUUUUUUGAUAUUGGAUCCCAUUGUUUGAAUGGUUGGUUCAAUGUCCCCUUAAAAGAAUGUAAAUUUUAUGGUAUUUAUGCGACUCAUACGAUGACAAUGACCUGCUUGCUGUAUACUUGAGUGGUACUGAGGAAACUCCAUUGAGAUUGGUUUUGUUUGCCAAGCAAUUUGGAUAAGAUGGAAACUUUGAAGUGUUGGUUACAUCGAGAACAAACGAUUGAUUUUAAUUUUUAUACUCUUUUUAUAAUUAUAUUUUAAUUGGUA